GAUCGAUUCAAAAAUUCAUGUAAAAUUGCGAAACUCUGAGCAUUUUUAACCAUUUCCUGCGUGAUAACACAAAACCAAGUCGCUUGCUACUCCCGCCGUCUUUCCCGUUGGAAAAAUAGGCUGGAAAAGUCCAGCCGUGUUUUUUUUUCCGGAACAGCGACGGUUAACACCGGACCCCGACGGCCAAGAGUUGUGGAAUCUCGCCUUUUAUUAUCAUCCUUCCGCUCAUCUCGGACAGUUGUAGAUCCCGCACACGCGACCGCGAUUACGUUUAUUAAUAGCCUCCUGUGCGGUACGCUUUCCCACCCUGUCUUGCCCGAGCUCGUGGUCUUAGAAAGUUGGUUCCGCAUCCUCAACGUGGUCGCCGUCAACGAUAUAUUGUGCCUUCCGAAUGAUACUUACAUUGUUUAGCGGCAGCACAGAGAUUCGGUAGUGCAAAGAGAGCAGUUAAGACUUCUUUACAUAAUCACCAUGACGACGGAAUUAAGAGAUAAUCUGAUCAUUGGCCUUGGCAACCCGUUGCUGGACAUUUCGGCCGUUGUGGACGGCGAGUUGCUCAAGAAAUACGACCUCAAGCCCAACGAUGCCAUUCUCGCCGAAGAGAAACACAUGCCACUCUACAAGGAGCUGGUGGACAAGUACAAGGCGGAGUACAUUGCUGGGGGCAGUGUGCAAAACUCGCUGCGCGUUGCCCAAUGGGUGAUACGUCGUCCCGGCGUGGCGCUGUUUUUCGGUUGCAUUGGUAACGACGAUUAUGGGCGCAUCCUUGAUGAGCGGGCGACGGCAAGCGGCGUGAAUGCGCAGUACCAGCGCACUACGAAGCAACCGAGCGGUACCUGUGCGGUGCUGAUCACCGGUACACAGCGCAGCCUGUGUGCCAAUCUGGCCGCCGCGAAUGAGUUCAGCUGCGAGGAGCUGAAAUCGGAUCGGAACGUGGCGUAUCUGAAGCAGGCCGAAUAUUUCUACGUAUCCGGGUUCUUCUUCACUGCAAGUUUCGAGAGCGUACAGUUCGUCGAGACGUUCACGCGUGCCGCCGAUGAUAACAGUCAGAGCAAGAGGCUAUUGCUCAUGAAUCUCAGCGCUCCGUUCGUGCCGAUGUUUUACAAAGAAAAUCUCCGUGAAGUGAUGCCAUCUAUCGAUGUGCUGUUCGGCAAUGAGACGGAGGCGCGCGCAGUAGGCGAUGUGUUCUUCGAUGGUGAUACAGAUCUAAAGAGCAUCGGGUUGAAGCUGGCCGGCUGGACGCACAACAUCAGCAAGGCCCCCAGUAGGCUUCCGAACCGGCUGGUGAUCAUCACACAGGGCAGCGAACCGGUGCUCCUGUUCGACGGUACCAGUAUACGCGAGUUCCCGGUGCAGAAGCUGCCGACGGAAGAGAUUGUCGACACGAACGGAGCAGGCGACGCGUUCGUCGGUGGUUUCCUGGCGCAGUUCGUGCAAAAGCGAUCGAUCGAUACCUGCAUCGAGUGUGGCAUCUGGACUGCGCGGGAAAUUAUUAAACGUUCCGGCUGCACAUUCGAAGGGGAACCAACGUUCCAGCCAUCGCACUAGGCUCUCAAACGCACAUGUUGUUUCGCCGCUUUCAAGCCUCCAAACCCACCACAGCACACUUUCUCUACCUACAAUUUACCUCGAAUAACCAAAACGGUGGCUAACGUGCGUGUGUGUGUGAGGGCAUGCACGGGUAGGAAUGACGGGUUCAACAUUGUUAUACUUUAUAUGCUAAAAAAGUUCGGAAAGGACAUGAUA